AGCUAUUUAACGCCGCCCCCACCCCGCACCCACUCGCCUCCUUCACAAAACCCCCAGCCUCCUCGAACCCCGCGCCCUCGGUAACCACCGCCACAGCGAGGACAGAGACGAGACAAGGCAGGCCGAGCCAAGGAGAGGAGAGUGAGGCUACCUGUGAGAGAUCCUGUGACGGCAUGGGAGAAGAGAAGAAGGCGAGUAAGGACGGCGGCGGCGACAAGAAGAAGGACGCCGGCGCCGGGCCGGAGGCGGCGGCGGCGCCGCAGCCCAUCGUGCUCAACGUCGAUUUGCAUUGCGCCGGCUGCGCCAGCAAGGUCCGGAAGGCCAUCAAGCGCGCCCCGGGGGUGGAGUCGGUGGCGGCGGACAUGGCGGUGGGCAAGGUGGUCGUGACAGGCGCGGCGGACGCGUUGGAGCUCAAGGAGCGCAUCGAGACCAGGGCCAAGAAGCACGUCCAGAUCGUCUCCGCUGGCGCUGGGCCGCCCAAGAAGGACAAGGAGAAGGACAAAGAAAAGAAGGCGGACGGCGGCGGCGGUAGCGAGAAGAAGGCCGAGAAAGAGAAAGGCGGCGGCGGCAAGAAGGCUGAGAAAGAGAAGGGCGCCGGCGACAAGUCCAAGGACGAGAAGAAGCCCAAGGAACUCAAAGAGGAGACCGUGACGCUCAAGAUCCGGCUGCACUGCGACGGCUGCAUCGACCGCAUCAAGCGCCGCAUCCACAAGAUCAAAGGGGUGAAGGAUGUGGCGGUCGACGCCGCCAAGGACCUAGUGAAGGUGACCGGCACCAUGGACGCCACCGCGCUGCCGGCCUACCUCAGGGACAAGCUCAGCCGUCCUGUGGAGGUUGUCGCGCCCGGCAAGAAGGACGGCGGUGGCGGCGACAAGAAAGGUGACGACAAGAAGGACAAGGGCGCCGGCGACGGCGGCGAUAAGAAGAAGGACGGCGGCGACAAGAAGAAGGACGGCGGCAGCGGCGAGGAGAAGAAAGACAAGGAUAAGUCCGCGGCCGUCUCCGCGUCGGUGGCGCCGAUGCCCUUGGCCGACGCGGGCAUGUACCAGAUGCCGCCGCACUACGGCUACACGCCGUACCCUCCGGCUCCCGGCAGCUACUACGGCGGCGCCGCCCCGCCGCCCAACCCCGCCUUGUACCCCAACGCCGGCGGCGCCCAGUACCUGCCGCCGCAGCCCUACCCGUACGCCGCCCACGUCCACGUGCACCAGAUGUUCAGCGACGAGAACCCCAACGCCUGCUCCGUCAUGUGAGCUCGCCGCCAGCCGCCGGCCGCCGGCCGCCAGCGCUGCACGCAACGCUCCCUGCACUCGCUGUAUUAAACCAUAAACUACGGCUUGGGUCUAGUGGUUUGGUUAGCUAAUCAGUUACUUAUUAGCAAGUUUAAAUUAGUGCUCCGAGAUUAGCAGAUGGCCUGUAAAUGACAGCAGCUGCGAAGGCCGGCCACGAUGUAAAAUUCAGUGUCAUGUAAUGUAUUCGCCCGCCUGAUGAAAUUUUGCCCUUUUAUCAUAACUAA